AUGGACAUAGCUGAGAAAAAAUUCCAAAGUAAGAUCUAACCAGCUCUAAAAAAUCGCCUGGACGCCCUUCAUUACUGCCAUCCUCUCGCUCCUCAAUCAGUUGCACUUGUUGAAGCCUUACUAAAUGAUUUGGUAAAAUUAAAAGACGAUUGCCAAUCUCUAAAGCAAGAAAAUGAGCAGCUCUCCAAGCGUUCAAAAGAAACAGAAUUCUCUAAAUCCCCCCUUCAGCGAGAAGUUGUCCGUUUAAAUAAAGAGAAAAACGACCUUCACAUCGAGCUCAUGAAAACCAAAGAACAAUUCAACGCAAAAGAAGAAGCUUGGCGGGCAAACACCAGGAAACUUGAAGGUGAAAUCUCAGAUAUGCGGUAUUUAAUAGAGCACACUCGCGACACCAUUGCAAAUCUUGAAAACGACAAAGAGCAGCUCAAAAACAAAGUGGAUUUGCUUUUAUCGAAAACUUAUUUGUCAAGCUUUGAAAAAGGCAUAAAAAAUGCCAAUUUGCCACCAAGCGAAAGAAAUGUAAUGAGAAGAGUCCAAGGGUUUGAAAUUGAAAGAGAAUUAGGAAGCGGAGAAAUUGUGAGCCAAUUUCAAAGGGUUAAUGAAGACUGGGCUGAAGAAUUGAGAAAAGCUGACGAUCGAGCUAAGAAAUAUCAAGAAGAACUUGAAGAACUGUAUAAUAAUAAAAAUAGGCUGGAAGAUGAACUGCAGAGAUAUAAAGUUCUGACUGCACAUAGAGAAGAAGAAAUCGAAAGAUUGUCAAAUACUUUAGGGGUGGGAGAUUAUGUGCAGAAACCUUUGGAAUCUGAAAGAAAAAUGCAGAAUGAGACUGUAAAAGUGCUGAAUGAUAGAAUUGAUUAUUUAAACGGAGAAAAUGUCAGGCUUGAAGCAGAGGUGGAGAAUAUGAAAACAAGCAUGAGCAGGGUAAAUCAGAUAAUUGAGGAAAAAAAUAUUCUUGCAAUAAGUAUUGAAGAAGUGAGAAAGGAAAAUACUGAACUUUAUCGUAAGAUAAAUGAGAUCAUGAAUCCUCCGAAAAGACAAAUAAAAUCUAGGGUAAGAGAGUCAAAAGUGGGUUAA